UCACGGGCUCACGGCCUCACGGGAUCCGCGCCCCAUCUCUUGACUAGUUAGUACUAGGUUGACCCAGCACCAGCGAAACACGGAAGCCACCACGCCAGCAACCACCGCACACUCCCUUUCCCCACUCCCUUCCACAUCCAUCCCUCUCCGCUCGCGGCGCCUCGCGCUGCUCCUCCGCCGCGAUGCCCGCGCGUUGCCCCUACUUCGCCCCCGAGGAGUCCGCCCGCGGCGUGCGCGCGGGGGAGUCCCCGGCGGCGGCCCUCCGGCGGAUCCUGGCCACGCCGGGCGCGCACCAGGCGCCCUGCUGCUUCGACGCGCUCGGCGCGCGCCUCGUCGAGCGCGCCGGGUUCCCGAUCGGAUUCAUGGGCGGUUUCUGUGUUUCUGCUGCUCGGCUUGGCUUGCCUGAUGUUGGUCUCAUUUCCUAUGGAGAAAUGGUAGACCAAGGACGUCUAAUCACUGAAGCUGUAUCAAUCCCAGUGAUUGGUGAUGGAGACAAUGGUUAUGGAAAUUCUAUGAACAUCAAGAGAACUAUAAAAGGGUACAUAAAUGCUGGUUUUGCUGGAAUCAUGCUUGAAGAUCAGGUGGCACCAAAAGCAUGUGGGCAUACUGAAGGAAGGAAAGUCAUCUCAAGGGAGGAUGCAAUCAUGCACAUAAAAGCUGCUAUAGAUGCUAGGAAGGAGAGUGGCUCUGACAUUGUUAUUGUGGCAAGGACAGAUUCUCGUCAGGCUAUUUCUCUUGAUGAAGCAUUAUGGAGAGUAAAGGCUUUUGCUGAUGCUGGAGCAGAUGUUCUGUUUAUUGAUGCUCUUGCUUCAGUAGAAGAGAUGAAGGCAUUUUGUGCGAUUGCACCAGAAGUUCCAAAGAUGGCAAACAUGUUAGAAGGUGGUGGUAAAACUCCCAUAUUGAGCCCUGCUGAACUUGAGGAAAUUGGUUUCAGACUUGUAGUCUAUCCUUUAUCCUUAAUUGGGGUAUCAAUGCGUGCAAUGCAGGAUGCUUUAGUUGCGAUAAAAGACAGUGGUAUACCUCCACCUGGCAGCUUGCCGUCUUUUCAGGAGAUCAAGGAUACUCUAGGGUUCAACCGCUAUUACAAAGAAGAAAAACAAUACCAAGUGUGAAGGAAGCAGCCAAGGAGGUGUGAACUCCAGAUCUGCAAAUCAACAAUAAUCUGCUGUAGCCUGAUUUUGUGGAUCUACUGGAUAUAGUAUCCAGGUGCCCACGGCUUAAGCACCACCGUACAUGUUUUGCUUCCACCAGAGUGAUGCAGAGCAACCGCGUUUAUGUUAAGUUGUAAUAAUAACUGCUUAGCACUAUAUUUUGAAGAACAUAUAUCUGGGAGACUGGUACUCCUUUUCUAUUUUCGCUGGCUACCCUGUUGUGGUUUCAACAAUCCUGAAUGUGUGAUUUCAAUAUAAAUAAAGGAAGCCAACUUGAGUA